GCGCCCGCGGACGUGCGCGCGACGCUCCGCGACUACCAGCUCGAGUCGCUCGACUGGUUCGCGGACCGCCACGAGCGCUGCGGCGCGCUGCCCUGCGUCCUCGGCGACGAGAUGGGUUUGGGCAAGACGCUCCAGACCAUCGCCUACCUCGCGUGGCUCAAGUUCGAGAAGCGGCUGCCGGGCGCCGCGCUCGUCAUCUGCCCGCUGUCCGUGCUCUCGACGUGGCUCGGCGAGUGCGCGCGGUGGUGCCCGCGGCUCCGCGUCGUGAAACUCCACUCGUCGGACGUCGACGAGCGCGCGCGGCUCCGGGGCGCGAUCCUCGACGACGUCGGGAGCUACGACGUCGUCGUGACGACCUACGAGAUGGCCAAGGCGCCGAGCCUGCGGUCCGCGCUCGUGCAGCGCGUCGUCUGGCGCGCCGUCGUGUUGGACGAGGGCCACGUGAUCAAGAACCGCGAGACGGAGAUCGCGCAGACGGUUCGCAAAAUGCACUUCUGCACCGCGCUGCUCCUCACGGGCACGCCGCUCCAGAACAACCUGAGCGAGCUCUGGGGCCUGCUCAACUUCCUCUACCCGGCCGCGUUCCCCUGCCGCGACGCGUUCGACGCGGCCUACGACCUCGGGCGCGGCGUCGUCGACAAGGCGGCGCUCGGCGCCGCGCGGCGGCUCUUGGGCGCGUUGAUGCUCCGGCGCUUGAAGGCCGACGUCGAGAAGGGCCUGCCGCCGAAGCUCGAGACCGUCGUCCACUGCCCGCUGUCGCACUGCCAGCUCUUCUGGUACAAGGCGCUGCUCCUCAAGGACCGCGACCAGCUCAAGCUCGACGACCGCGGCCCCGCGGCCGGCGGCUACAAGUCGCUCGUGAAUCUGUUGAUGCAGCUCCGGAAGACGUGCUGCCACCCGUUCCUCUUCGCGGACGCCGAGGGCUGCGACCCGGGCGAGACGACGCUCGAGGAGCUCGUCGCCGCGUCGGGCAAGCUCCGCGUGCUCGACCGGCUGCUCGUGAAGCUCCACGCGCGGAAGCACCGCGUCGUCGUCUUCUCGCAGUUCGCGUCCAUGGUCGACGUCCUCGACGACUACUGCGCGCUCCGCGGCUGGCCCUUCUGCCGGCUCACGGGCAGCACGAACCGCGUCCAGCGCGUCGUCAACGUGCGGGCCUUCAACGAGCCGUCGAGCCCGCUCUUCCUCUUCCUCAUGACGACGCGCGCGGGCGGCCUCGGCAUCAACCUCCAGUCCGCGGACACGGUCGUCCUCUACGACAGCGACUGGAACCCGCAGGCGGACCUCCAGGCCAUGGCGCGCGUGCACCGGCUCGGCCAGACGAAGACGGUCCACAUCUACCGGCUCUGCUCGCAGGGCACGGCCGAGGAGCGCGUGCUCCAGCGGUCGCAGAAGAAGCUCUUCCUCUCGAACAUGGUC